CGAAAAAUCUGGUUACACUCUGGGGAGGCCCAUAGGACGGAACUGCCUCAGCCCUGAGAUGCACAUCUGGCCGGAGCAGGCCCACCAUGAAUAGAUACACAACGAUUAAGCAGCUUGGGGAUGGGACCUACGGUUCUGUCCUGCUCGGAAGAAGCAUUGAGUCUGGGGAACUGAUUGCCAUUAAAAAAAUGAAAAGGAAGUUUUAUUCCUGGGAGGAAUGCAUGAACCUUCGUGAGGUUAAGUCUUUAAAGAAGCUCAACCAUGCCAAUGUAGUAAAAUUAAAAGAAGUUAUCAGGGAAAAUGAUCAUCUUUAUUUUAUCUUUGAGUACAUGAAGGAAAAUCUUUACCAGCUCAUUAAAGAAAGAAAUAAGUUGUUUCCAGAGUCUGCUAUUCGGAAUAUUAUGUAUCAGAUAUUGCAAGGACUGGCGUUUAUUCACAAACACGGCUUCUUCCAUCGGGACCUGAAGCCCGAGAACCUCCUCUGCAUGGGACCAGAGCUGGUGAAAAUCGCAGACUUUGGGUUGGCCCGAGAAAUCCGAUCAAGGCCUCCCUACACAGACUACGUGUCUACCCGAUGGUACAGGGCUCCGGAAGUCCUCCUGCGGUCCACCAACUACAGCUCCCCCAUCGACGUCUGGGCGGUGGGCUGCAUCAUGGCGGAGGUGUACACCCUCAGACCACUCUUCCCUGGGGCCAGUGAAAUUGACACGAUAUUCAAAAUUUGCCAAGUGUUGGGGACACCAAAAAAGACGGACUGGCCGGAGGGCUACCAACUUUCAAGUGCGAUGAACUUCCGCUGGCCCCAGUGCAUUCCCAAUAAUUUAAAGACCCUGAUUCCAAAUGCUAGCAGCGAAGCCAUUCAGCUCCUGAGAGACAUGCUCCAGUGGGACCCUAAGAAACGGCCAACAGCUAGCCAGGCUCUUAGGUAUCCCUACUUCCAGAUUGGACACCUGCUGGGCAUCACCGCCCAGAAUCUGCAGGACUCAGGAAAGCCACAGAAGGAUGUCCCAGAAAAGACGGGCCCACCCCCACACAUCAAGCCGGUCCCUCCUGCCCAGCCCCCAGCCAAGCCACAUGCACGAAUUUCUUCCCGGCAGCAUCACGCCGGCCAGGCCCCUCAGCAUCUCCUGUACCCCUACAAAGCAGAGGCCUCCAGGACAGAUCACCCGAGCCAUGUUCAGGAGGACAAGCCAAGCCCACUGCUUCUCCCGUCCCUCCACAACAAGAACCCUCAGCCGGUUGUUCUUGAGGAUCAGAGAUUGCAGCACUGGCGAAGCUAUUUUGAAAACCACAAGAAAAUCCUAGCUGGCCUGGAGCACAAAAACGGUGAGAUCAAGCCAAAGAGCAGGAGAAGGUGGGGCCUUAUUUCCAGGUCCACUAAGGAUUCGGAUGACUGGACCGACCUGGAUGACUUGGACUUCAGUCCGUCCCUCAGCAGGAUCGACCUGAAAAGCAAGAAGCGACAGAGUGACGAUGCUCUCUGCAGAUUUGAGAGCAUUUUGGACCUGAAGCCCUCCGAACCUGUGGGUACCGGAAGUAGCGCCCCCACGCAGACCUCGUACCCGCGGCGAGACACGCCCACCCUGAGGUCCGCAGCCAAGCAGCAUUACCUGCAGCACUCGCGAUACCUGCCCGGAAUAAACAUAAGAAACGGCGUGCUCCCAAAUCCAGGGAAGGACUUUCUUCCAUCGAAUUCAUGGUCCAGUUCUGGCUUGUCUGGAAAGUCUUCUGGGACAGUAUCAGUAAUCAGCAAAAUAAAUUCAGCAGUUGGUUCCAGCUCUACAAGUUCUAGUGGACUGACUGGCAAUUACAUCCCUUCCUUUCUGAAAAAAGAAAUUGGUUCUGCUCUGCCGAGGGUACACUUGGCACCUAUUCCAGACCCUCCCCCUGGCUAUUCUUCCCUGAAGGCCGUGAGACCCCUUCCUGGGCGACCUUUCUUCCACACUCAGCCAAGAAGCACCCCUGGCUUGAAACCCCGGCCUCCAGCCGCCCAGCCAGUGCACGGCCGGACAGACUGGGCUUCCAAGUACCCGUCUCGGCGGUGACUAUCCCAGCAACAAGGGUCUUUCAUGGCGGACAGCAGGAUACUGUCCCUCGGCUGACUGGUGUUGACCUGCAAAAAACAUGUGGAUGAUGUAGAAGCAAACCAGAGCUUUAUGGUUAUUCUCCUGGGCUGAGACAUUUCAAUAUUCUUUUUUAAGGUUUUUUUAAAUAUUGAUUUGAAUGCAAUGCCCUCUUUUGGUAUAAAAUUAUUUUAUUCUAAAACUAGGUCUCAUUAUUUUCUUAAACAACAGCAUUUUGUAUAUAUGGAUUAUGUUUUAGCGUUUUAUACUGUCAACUUUGUAACGAACUUUUUAAAGAUUAAGUGAUUUUUCCUUUGGAGUUCCAGAUAAUAUUUUAUACAGAUUUUGCAAAAUGUAAUAAUAUUGAUACAGUAUUGCAACAAGGAUGAAAUUUAAGGCUACGAGACAAAGGGGUACGUGCAAAUAUCACUGUGUGGUUACAUUGUUAAUGUGGCUCGGUAGGUGCUUAGGCUUUCUUGGACAGACUUUAAGAAAGGAGCCCUUUGCUUCUCCUAGUAUUGUGUCACUUUUUUGAUACCCACUGUGCUAUUCUAAAAAUACUGUUGUAUCAUCCACUUUGUUUUAUUUUUGUUUCCUGGAACAAAGAACACUAUAAAUGUUUUACAAGAUUCACCGGACCCUUGAAUGUGGCUGCAGAUAUCUAAGUGAAAACCAACUUUAAUCUACUAAGCUGACUCAUUCUGUUUUCUUUCGUUUUUGAAGUCCAAUUGUCUAAAUACUCACAAAAGGAAAGUUUUUACAUCAAAAGAUUUCAACAUAAAGGUUAACACAGUCAGUUAAAUUUAUGCUCUUGCAUAACCCAGUGAAAGUUUCAAAGCAGGAGAACAUUUUUUUAUUCUAAUAACCGACAUGGAAUUUUGUGCUCAGCUUAGUUCACCAGACCUGGCUAGCAGCAGCUCCAGAAUAAUCUUAUGUCCUAUAUAAAUUCUCAGGAUGUUUUGGGGAGCAGAAAACACGUAGGGCAGGGGACCCACUUACCCAGGAAGUCACGGUUGCCACGCAUUCAUGUCCACAGUGUGCCACAUUUGAACUCAAAGUUUCUUUCAAGAGCGAGAACUCUAUUUGUUGGCAGAGGCUGUUCCGUUGAGAGGAAUGUUUACAGCACUUUUACAGAUGACAAAGCUAGUUUGGAAACAGAGAAAGGAGAGAAGGUUCACUCGUGUCCCUCGCUGCAAGACAUACCUGCCUGUGUCACGGUUCCCUUCCAGGCAGAAGCGAAUGCAGUCGUGAUCUUAACAGUGUUCUGACUCAUAUCCCAGGGCCCUGACAACUCCUUUGGUUUCCAGGUUCCAGGAUGCAGCAAGGCAAGUCACAUGAAGUAAUCAGAUUUGACAGUUAAAAUGGUAGGUGCAGGUGAAUAGAGACACUUCCAUGUUUCAGCCUAGCAGGUUGGCAGACGAUCGUCUUAAUGUAUGAAUAUGUUGCAGCCUGAGCAAGUUACCAUGACUUCCAAAGGGCUCCUACCUAAAAUCAGGGAGUAAUGCAUAUUUGAGCAGCCACUACGGUCCUGAGGGGCAUGAGAAAAGCUCAGAAGCAAUGUGGAUGUGACGGUAACACUUUCCUGUUAACAAGCUGGCCGCAAAGCUUCCCAAACUAUAUGUGUAAGCACAACUGAAGUGAAUUCGUUCUGUAUUGUCUUAAUUUGUUAUCUAAAGCAACAGACUAUGUGUUUUCAGAGAUGAGUCCUUUACUGUGAGGUUAAUAUUUAUUUUCUCUGUCUAUAUUAUAUAUAAAAAGUAAACUAAGCUGAAACUUUGCCUAGCUUUCUGGAAAGCGGGUUUUAGAUUGUAAAUAUCCUUUAGAGAUGCAGAUGGGUUGGCAAUACCAUACUCUGCACUCUAGUCUGUACCUAGGUCUUGGCUUUUUUUAUAUCAAAAAACCUAGUUACUUUAUGAUUACACAUCUUAAAAUUGUUUUCCUAAAACUGUCGCAGAGCCUACAUUCAGGGAACACUACAUUCUUCCUUUCCUUUUGUUUGUUUACCAGCAAACAGCUUUCCAGCACAUCUGUUCACACGGUGUGCACUUGAGAAAACUGGAAGGCAGGAAACAAUCUGAUUCCAAAGAACUACUAAAUUCUAUAAGUAAUCUUUAUGUUUCCCCGAAAAUAGGUAAAAGACAAAUUGUGGACACAAGCUAUGUAGUACAGAAGGAAAUAGUGACCAUUUUUUAAGUGAAUGUAAAAUUUUAUCAGUUACAUAUAUAUUUUAAUUACCUUCGAAUUAUAAAACGAAGUGCAAGACACGAGCAGGAGUGACACAUGUGCCUGCAUCUCUCCGGGUCUAUACCUCAUUGCUGUGGGAAGGUUUCCUGGGGUGCCAGAAGUGGUGCGGGUGGCCCUCAUUUUCAACCCGGAAGCUCGGCGGUGCCCUGAGGGGUACUGCUGUGCCUCGACACACAGCCAGCAAGCACUUCCAUGAAGCUACAUUUCCAGUAAACCUUUUAGGGUAUGAUUGGUCACCUUUGGUAAUCAAUUCUAUUGACUAAUUACAUCAAUUACCAACCCUCACCCAGUUUGAGCACUGCAAGAUUCAAGUAGGUAGAAAAGUAACCUUCAAACAACUUUGGAGACACAUCACUUAUUUUUAAAAAGUGACACUGUGACACCCUCUUGUGGGCUUACAAACAAUUGAGUAUAAUCGGGAAACACUUGUCUGAGGAAGUAAAAUGUCUUCUUGAGUGCGGAUGUGGGCCCUGGUGGAGUGAAUGGGUACCAUUUGUCUUGUGAAAUAGCGUUUCCUACCGCUAAGCCAUUGUCUUGUGCCAUUUAGGAGAGAAGAAAAGCAAUGCAGGCUUUGUUUUAGCUCAGUGUAUGACCAAAAGCAAUAUGUUUAUGAGAAAAUUUUUGACAUACUAAUUGUCUUAUGUCAUUUAAGCAUACCAUAGCAACUUGUUUAAUAUAUGUGAUUAAGUUUUACAAUUUCCAACCAAAUGUACUGUGCAUUUCUAUAAUUACGAGGGCCAUCUUACGGAAAUCAUUAAAAGAAAAACGGGACAAGCAUCACAGUAAUCGGUAUUAGCAAUUUCUUAAACACACUCAUCUGAUGUGAAUUUAAAAAGACCUGGCAGUCUUCUAAUGGAAGAUAGCCAGGGCAGAUAGUAGUCUAGGCAGUUGAUUUCCUUACAACAGAGUAACUGAGACUGUAUUUAUUUAUAAAGCAAAUUUUCUUAAUGAUGAAAGAGAUAGGCUGACAGAAAACCACUACAGGAAGAACCUUCCAAAGUAAAAUGUCGCUUUUUAAAUAGUUUGUCCUUCGUGUUUAAUAAUGUCAACUUUAUGUAAGGAAAAUUCUCCUGUUCCAAAUAAAGUUACAAUUUAAGAAAAA